UUUCCUUAUCUCCUUCAGAUCCAAAGUUCUCAGUUUCCCCAGAAAUUCUGUUUCAUACUGGAAAUAAAGUUUAUUUUGAAAAAAGGUAUUGCUUCCUUAGGCCGACCAAAACAAGAGAAUAGGGAAGAGCUGAAAUACCAAGCAGGAGUCCACAGAGGAACCUGCCCUGCCUCAUCGAAAAUAGUAUCACUGCGGUAGGGAGACCCUUGGAUUCUACUAAGGGGAAUUCAUGAGAACAAACCAUUUCAGAGAGGCUUUACAAAAACAGAUUAGAGAGAAGACAGAGGGGCCCCAAGAGAGAUGGCCUCUCCCCUCCAGCAGGAACACCCCAGCCUCCAACAGAUACAGCAGCAAGAGGCCCAGAGGACGAAAGCCGAGGCAGGAUGGGUGCAAGGCAGGGGUGGAGGGGGAGGGGCCAGCCCAGGCUAUACCAGUGGGAGUGGCUCCACCCUGCCUACCUCAGAGCCAUGGGGAGCCGGGGUCCUGGUGGGCUGCCCCUGGUGCAGGCUCCCUACACAGUUCUGCUGCUGCCACUGGGGACAAGCCGCCAAGACCCAGGGGCCCAGAGCUUCUUUCUCUGGCUGCAGAGAAUGCAGGCUCUGGAGAGACAACAGGAUGCCCUGUGGCAGGGACUGGAGCUGCUAGAGCAUGGCCAGGCCUGGUUUGAAGACCGUCUGAGGGAGGCGCAGCAACAGCAGCUGCACCUGGGGGCCCUUGGUGAGAAUUUUCUAACAGAUUUGCACUCAGAGACUUGUGGCCCCCAGUUAGCCCAGAUCCAAAAGGUGAACAUCUGUUUGCAGAAUCUGAUUCAGGAGAAGUUCUCCCCAAGUCCAUUCAAUAAGGCUAGUUCCCACACCACUCAGGACCGGAAGGAAAGGUCAAGGAAGCAGAAUUUGUGGCAGCAACAGGUAAACUAUAGGGGUGAGGGGGAGGAAAGAAGCCCCACCCCACAUGGUAGGGAGGAGCCCAGAUGCCCAGUCUGUUUCUCUCCUCUUUUCCAGGAGUUGCCAAGGCAGCAGACAGGAGUCACCCAGCCAAAGGGUGAGAUGGCCCAGCCCAGUUGCACCAAGGGGCAAAGGGGCCCUACCCGUGUCUAAACCCUCCUCUCACUCCCCUCUGUCUGGUGGAGGAGACUGAGUCAGAAGCCCCAGUCUCCUUAUUCUG